GGCUGCUGCCCACCUUCCUCCAGCGACAGCAGCUGCUCGCUUCGGAUCCUUCGCUACCAAAAGUAGAGGGGAUUACAGGCGAUGUUUAUGAUACCUCUGCUGUUCAGGGUCGCGUUAGUGGCUUGAUCGUUCCUCCGUGCAGCAUGUCCAGGAUGUGAUGGGACUGUGUCUGGCUGCGUGUCGCUAGCGAGGCGGACCCAUUCCGUGAACCGGUCCGCUCUUCGAAUCACUGCGGGCGGAGACCGCGCCAGCAGGCGGCUCGGUAAGCGGUCGAACUGAGCGAGCGAUAGAAGAGAGUGUUUAAUGACAGGGAGUUUUCAGGCGUCCGGUUCGAAGAGAUCCCGGAUCUGGAUGUGGCUCCGUGGAGGUUCCGCUCGUUGAUCAGUGAGAGAGGCCCUCGCUGUCUCCCCAAGUCUCCCGUCAUCUGCCGGGUGAAGUCGCACUUCUCCACCGAGGGGGGGACAGCAACUUGACAGCGAGGCCCCGAGCGACUUUCUCCCCUCCCCCUCGCUCCCAGUCCACCCACCCGUCCAAGCCCGACGGACCACCUCCUCCUCCUCGCUUCGACUAGGACGCGAGGCCGGGGGAUUCGGGAGAAGCUCAGCGCGUUGUCGUCCGGGUUCCGUUCGAAGCGGGCUGCCCAGAACCAGCGGGGAUGACUCUGGAGUCCAUGAUGGCGUGCUGCCUGAGCGAGGAGGCGAAGGAGUCGAAACGAAUCAAUGCAGAAAUUGACAAACAACUUCGCCGAGACAAGCGAGACUCCAGGAGGGAGCUGAAAUUGCUGCUUCUCGGUACGGGGGAAAGCGGGAAAAGCACCUUCAUCAAGCAGAUGAGGAUUAUCCACGGAGCUGGCUACUCUGAUGAAGAUAAGAGGGGCUUCAUCAGACUGGUUUACCAGAACAUCUUCACCUCCAUGCAGUCCAUGAUUCGUGCCACUGAGAACCUUAAGAUCCCCUUCAAAUAUGAACAGAACCGGUCAAACGCCAUGCUUGUGAAGGAAGUGGACAUUGAGAAAAUCAAUGGCUUCGAUCAGCCGUACAUCGUAGCUAUCAAAAGCUUGUGGUCUGACCCGGGGAUCCAGGAGGCCUACGACCGCCGCCGGGAGUACCAGCUCUCUGACUCCACUAAAUAUUAUCUUACCGAUCUAGACCGUGUGACAGCUGAGGGCUACGUUCCCACCCAGCAGGAUGUGCUGCGGGUCCGUGUACCCACCACGGGUAUUAUAGAGUACCCGUUUGACCUGGAGAAUGUCAUCUUCAGGAUGGUGGACGUUGGGGGUCAGAGGUCAGAGCGGAGGAAGUGGAUUCACUGUUUUGAGAAUGUCACGUCUAUCAUGUUUCUGGUGGCGCUGAGCGAGUACGACCAGGUCCUGGUGGAGUCCGACAAUGAGAACCGCAUGGAGGAGAGUAAAGCUUUGUUCAGGACUAUCAUCACCUACCCCUGGUUUCAAAACUCCUCGGUCAUCCUCUUCCUCAACAAGAAGGACCUGCUGGAGGAGAAGAUUUCCUACUCGCACCUGGUGGACUAUUUCCCCGAGUUUGACGGUCCCCAGAGGGAUGCUCAGGCUGCGCGGGAGUUCAUCCUCAAGAUGUUUGUGGACUUAAACCCAGACAGUGACAAGAUCAUCUACUCUCACUUCACGUGUGCCACGGACACUGAGAACAUCCGCUUUGUGUUUGCAGCAGUCAAAGAUACAAUCCUACAGCUCAAUCUCAAAGAGUACAACCUGGUGUGAAGGAGCACGCUGCACGCACCAACGCACACCGCUCUUUCUCAAGUGUGCUCAAGUCCUCAUGCAUCACACUCACACACAGCAUCUUUCAUUUCCUCCUCCUCUGGCUUAAAGUUGAUUGACAGAUCGCCUCCCUCCGGUGUCACCGCCCCCUUUCGCUCGGCAGCAUGUCGUCGGCAUCCUUCGCUUCUUCGGCUCUCGUUUCGUUAUCCGCGACCGAAGGGACGCAAGUGCUGGUGCUGAGAGUAGCAAAAGUAAAACGGUUCGCCUGAGAGCGCCACCUGUUGGUGGGGAAAGGGAUCCGUAAAAAGUAGGGUGAGAUGACAGUCACUCAUAGGGAGUGGCAGGUGGACUUUGAUUAUGAAUGUACCCUCUAGUGUUAGCGUCCCAACUGCAAAAAAUCCAUCGAGGAGAUGAACUAAAAAUGUAAACAGGCCACACUCAAACGCCAGAGGGCUGAUGUCAACUGUUUUUUUAUGAUGAGAAAAUUAAUUCAGCCACAAUUAGAAUUUAUUUAAGUGGAUUCAGAGGGUCAAUCUUUCCUCAUUCACCUGAUAGGUCCCCGCCCAGAACACUCGGCUCUGAUUGGUCCGUGAGUGAUGACAUCAUAUCCACGCGUCAGAAUCCACACACCGACGCUGCCGUCCAGUCAGGCGCUCCUCUGAUGGCGGCGCUCACUCAUUAUCAGGACGUGCUUCUGUUUACUUUUUUUACUGUGUAAUCACUUUGUUAAUAUAAAAUAUAUAUAUAUAUAAAUAUAUAACUUGCUAUUGGGUCGUGAGAGGGAGGAAGUGAGCAACCUUUGGCGGCGUCCACACGCCUGCUGAAGCUUGUGUAUAUCAGUUUGUAAAUACAUCUAAACAAGUCACUCCUGUACAGACGCUCUGUGGUACACCAUGUUUGGCAAAAAAAAGAAAAAAAAAAAAGACUUUCAAAGAGAAAAAAAAAGUAAAUUCGCCUUUCCGAUGAUGCGAGGAUUGAAACUGUGACACACUCGAGUGGAAGCCCGGAGCCGAGCGCUGCGGAGUGAAGAGCCAAACACUACUGCAACAGUCAAAAUCACAGUACGAUGAAAAGAUUUUGAUUUUUUUUUUUUCUUUUUUAAUUUAUCUAAUUUAUGGACCAGGUUUGAGGUGUUGAUAAUUUGACUGCUUUUUUUAAAAAACUCCUGUCAUGUCGAAGCACUCCUUUCCUCAUAACUACUUGAGUCUGAACUGCUGUAUAAAACCAACAAAAAAAAAGUAUCGAAUGUCUGGUUGUAGUAAGAAUUUUUAUCUCUGCUUUCUUCUUCUUGAGACAUUUCCAGGUGUAUAUGCCAUGGUCACGCCUCCGUCCACCACAGUGUUGUUUCUUUAGGAGCCCUCACCUUUGGUUUAUUUCAAUACUUCCUCUGGGUUUAUAGACGUGGCGACAGUGCUGUAAUCCAUAGGAACAUGUAGGUGGAUAUUUUUGAUAAGUGAUUGAGGACCGUCGCGGUCCACGCUUGCUUUUGUGACUUCACUUUUCUGUUCCCAUCAUUUUCUCUUUCUUUGCGGCUUGCUUAUAUACCAGUGAAGUGCAGAUAUUUACAGGCAACCUAUCAUCCUCAUUAAGGGCUAUCAGUGCAUCAGACGUUUGGGGGUGCAGCUCGCACCCUGCUACUUUUGUAAAUGGAGAUUACUUGUGUGUGUUUAAGAAGUUUAGGCCGGGCGUUAAUGCAAAAAUUUUUAAGAGUUUAUCGACACUAAGCAGUUUUACUUUAUAUAUCCGACCAGUCUGCUGCUUUUUGUUGGGGUGUUCAUGAUGGGUUCCACUGAGCUGUGGCGAUGCUUCAUGCAGUAUUGAACCGGUAUUGCAUGCCCCCUCCCCCCCUCGCUGAGAGCGUCCGUCUGAGCUGGACUUUUCUACCUUGGUGGCAGCUUCCCCACAUGGGUUUUUCAGAGCUUCGCUGUGUCGUCCAUAUCACUCCUGUGGUGCCGUUCAUUUCCUCGUCCCAUGGCUUGUUUUUGUUUGAAAAACUUGUGGAGGUCCUCCUCAUCCCUCGCGGAGUGGCGGUGAAGGUAGCUGGGAGCCGAAAUUCUCAGCAAUGGUCCAGGUCUUUGUUCCUUUGUUUGAGGGCACCAUGUCAAUAGGGAUUUUACGUUGAUAUUUUGGUGAGGUUAAUGGUGUUUUUAAGGAUAUUUAAUAGCAGUGUUGGGUCAGAGCAGCUCAGUUCAGUAUUUGCCCCUGUUACCGGCCCUUAGAGAAGCCAACCAAAGUUGUCUUCCUGGGACCCCGGAAUUUUAUACCUGAAAGCUGCCUGAAGGUAGAAAGGUUUGAUACGGGAGCACGAGAUCUUACAACAGUAACCGCGUGCCGAGGAAGCAACUGCUGUGAUAAAGCCGCCAGUAGAAAUGGACGACCCCGGACGGACCCUCAAGUGUUCCUCGAAAUGAUCCACGUCGUGCUUUGCAAUCACGUUUGAAACUUGACUCCGGCGCACGGCCGAGGGCUGACCUGGUCCUCGUUCGCUGUUGUUGCACAGUGUGUUUUUGGCACAUCUUAUCUCCACAUAUAUGAGCUGGAAAGCAACACUUAAGUCUCCCUUUCUUCCCCAGCGGGUUUUAUUUUUUCACUCCGACACACGUUAUUUAUUGCCUUCUUACUAAUGAGCGCUUGUGUUAGGCGUGGUCACAACUGUGUUCUGUGCUUUCCAGUGAGUUUGUGGGACUCUUGGCUUCUCUUUUGGACAUAAAGUUUGUGCAUAUUGAAAUCUUCAAGCAUGUUCCCUUCUCUUUUUUCUGUUUCGUUUUCCUUGCUCUGUAUGAUAAGACAUUACCAGAACACUAUUAUUUAGGACCACUUGAUUUCUUUGUUUCUCACUCCAAUGAAACCUGAAGGUCAGUUGUGAAGUGUUGUAUAAAAAUGCUGUUUUCUCUCCAGUUUCUUUGUAAACCAAAUGUAAAUUGUGUAUUAUACUGAGUGUGCCAACCCCACUCACUUUAGAGCCUGGCUCUCUCUUAAGUGCCAACGUUGUGGUCGUCGUCGAAGGUCCGCCGCCUGAGAUGAUCCUUUUUAAAUGAAUCACACCAGAGACUAAAAAAAUGAUUAAGUACACAAAGGCUUUAGACUUUAUUCUCUAUUUAAGGUUGACAAUUUAAAGGAUAAUCUGCUGUUUUGGUUUUUUUUUUUUUAAGGAACUGUAAUUAUUAUUGCAUGUGCUGUUUAUUUUGUGUUCUACGUGAGGGCUCGGAUGUUUUCAUGGAUGAAGGGGUUCAAUCAGUCGGUUCUUGUUGAUUACUGAUUUACAUAACUCUUGCCAUAUUUUUUAUGUGUUUUUCAUGUAUUUGUUUAAACCACUGUUGCCUGAUCCUCAUUCAAACAUGACUUACGAUCAUUGCCGCCUUCUAAGAGAGAAACAUAAUGACAAGGUAUCUGUUUUAAAUUGAAAUAAAAUUUGUUCCUAUACUUGCUGACAGUGUGUCGCGUGGGUCUAUAGUGCCGACCUGGUGGAGCGUCGGGAUGUUCACAAACAGGAAUACUGCACGUGCAUAUGUG